UAUAGAGAUGGUGUUGAAGUCGGAAGAUGGAGUUGGGGGAGCCUUGUGUAUGAUGCUUAGUGUGGGAGGAGUCAAAAGGAACAUAGGGAGGGGGUGAGAGAUGGGAGUACUAAGGUUUUCCCCCUUACUGUCAGUAAUCAGUCAAGCUAAACACUUGCCAUACACGUGUCUUCUGCUUGCUUUAGCUGCAGAUCUGCAGGAUCUCCUCUUGCUCUUUUUUCCAUCCUCUCCCCUGUGCAGGAGUGUGUGUGUUGGAGGAUUAAUAAACAGGGACGGUCUGGAGUGAGGCCAGAGGGGUGGCCAGUUUGACAAGACCACAGGAUUGGGCCUGACUCAUACAGGUCUGGAUUAGUGCUGUACUUCUGAGGCACUAGACUGGAAUGAGAGAAACUAGCCAUUAGGCACCGGAAUGGAUGAACAAGGUUGACUUGUGGAUUUUCUGGAUCUGGAGCAAGAAAUGAGCCUUCAAAUCCUUUGAUACUAAAUAACAGAGACAGGGUACUGGAGAGGGAAUGGUAUUAAUUUGUUACUGGACCUUCUAUUAAUAGGAACCGAGCUCACAGCUGAUGGCAGACCUGUGGUGACGCCACUCUCAAGCCAGAAGUUUUCAACGUCCCUGAUGACCUCAGCCCAGAAGAAAGAGAAGAGUUAGAGUGCAUCUGUCGCAGGAAACAGGAGCUAUUGCAGGACAUACAAAGGCUGAAGGAUGAGAUAGCAGAGGUGACCAAUGAGAUUGAAAGCCUGGGCUUGACUGAAGAGAGGAAAAGCAUGCAGAGGAACAAACAGGUGGCCAUUGGCCGCAAGAAGUUCAAUAUGGACCCCAAGAAGGGGAUCAGCUUUUUGAUCGACAGCUCCCUACUUAAGAACACCAGUAAUGACAUUGCCCAGUUCCUAUAUAAGGGGGAGGGACUUAAUAAAACAGCAAUUGGAGAUUACCUGGGCGAGAGAGACGACUUCAACAUUGAGGUUCUGCACGCCUUUGUGCAGUUGCAUGAGUUCACAGACCUGAACCUGGUUCAGGCCCUCAGACAGUUCCUGUGGAGCUUCCGGCUGCCUGGCGAGGCUCAAAAGAUUGACCGCAUGAUGGAGGCCUUCGCCCAGCGAUACUGUCACUGUAAUCCUGGAGUAUUUCAGUCCACAGACACAUGUUACGUGUUGUCGUUCGCUGUGAUCAUGCUGAACACCAGCCUACACAACCCCAACGUGAAGGACAGGCCCUCCGUUCAGAGAUUCACAGCCAUGAACAAAGGGAUUAAUGACGGAGGGGACCUGCCAGAGGAGCUGCUUAAGAACCUCUUUGAGAGUAUUAAGAAUGAACCCUUCAAGAUCCCAGAGGACGAUGGGAAUGACCUCACACACACCUUCUUCAAUCCCGACAGAGAGGGCUGGCUACUUAAGCUGGGAGGAGGACGAGUUAAGACCUGGAAGAGGCGCUGGUUUAUUCUCACAGAUAACUGCCUCUACUACUUUGAGUACACCACGGAUAAGGAGCCCAGAGGGAUCAUCCCCCUGGAAAACCUGAGUAUCCGAGAAGUUGAAGACUCUAAGAAACCGAACUGUUUUGAGCUCUUUAUCCCAGACCACAGGGAUCAGGUGAUCAAAGCCUGUAAGACAGAGGCUGAUGGCCGGGUUGUAGAGGGCAACCACACUUUCUACAGAAUCUCUGCGCCGACAGCAGAAGAAAAGGAUGAAUGGAUCAACUGCAUCAAAGCUGCCAUAAGCAAAGAUCCCUUCUAUGAGAUGCUGGCUGCCCGGAAAAAGAAGGUCUCCUCCCUCAAAGGGCUGUAGUGGAAGCCCAGGAUUCAGUUUUGGAAUAACAAGCAAAGGUUGAACCUCACAUCACAUGCCAACGGGGCUAUGGCGCUGCACUAUGUGGACCUGUACAAGUAGACUUUGAUGUGGAAUGGGGAAUACUGAUAGUCCCCCUGGUGCACCUGAAGGGGUAAAAUUUGGACCUGGAAUCAAGGCAGAGAGGAUUUGUCUUUCUGAAAGACACAUUGAAUGCCCCCACUACCAUAACUACAACCAACACUCACAUCCCUAUCCUUCCAUGUUCAGUUUCCUUCUUCAGAUGAAAUAAUUGACUCAUGGACCUGUUCUUUCUCAAAACACACCUUUUUGUUAGUUCUGCUUCUGCUGCACUGUCAGGACUGAAAAGGCCGUGGCCCUUUAGUUCCCUUUAAACGAAAUUAGUUCUCUCUCACUGAAAUCUGUAACUAUUCAGAUGUCCCUGAUUUAUCUGGGAACUAUUUCCAUGCAGAAACUAUGUUUGAUCUGCUUUCGUUACACCAAUGCUGCUUCAACCACACAUAGUUUUCAUGGAAAUAGAGGGGAGAGUGAGUCAGAGACUAAAAAUGGUUUGCUUGUAGGAUGCAAUGUUUGAAACAUAUCAUUUAACUUCUGUUGAUAUAGUGACAGAUGCUUAUUUUUAUAGUCAGAAAAGACAGCUACCAGGCUUUGAUAGAUAUUUCCAUACCUGCUGAAAGACAGUGUAAUGAUAACAGCCUAUAACAUCCAACAUACCCUUCUAAGGACCAGCAUUACAUGUAAUGUGACUGAGGUUUUUUUCAAGAUAUAUAUACCUGAUACUUUAACAUCAUCUUAACUUUUGAUAAAUGGAACCCUGUGUUUUUUUGUCCCACUUACUGAUGCUAUUUUAUAAGACUAUAUGUAUCCUACAGCUGCUUCAGUCUGUCAAAAGCACUGUUCAUGGAAAUUUAGGUGUUGCAGAACCAAAUAUUUAUUUAUAUAGGUUUCUUGUAAUUUAUUAUUUUGAAUCCUUUUUUUUCUUUGAAAGUGUUCAAAUAAAUAUAAUA